UAAGCACAAACAUAUAGAUAACAUCUCCAAUAUUAUCAUUUUACAUCACAAGUGAGAUAUGGAGAAUAAUGGAGGAGAAGUUGAUGAGCAAAAAUGGGUUUAUGAUUCUUCAUUAGAUCACAAAGGAAGAUUACCUCUUCGUGCUUCAACUGGUGCAUGGAAGGCAUCUCUUUUCAUUAUUGUAAUCGAAUUUGGUGAAAGGUUGAGUUACUUUGGGUUAGCAACAAGUAUGAUUAUAUACCUUACCAGAGUUAUCCAUCAAGAUAUCAAGACAGCGGCUAAAAGCGUCAAUUAUUGGACUGGUGUAACGACCCUGAUGCCUCUUUUAGGAGGCUUUAUAGCCGAUGCCUACUUGGGACGUUUUGCUAUGGUCCUCUUCUCUUCGGCUAUAUAUCUCAUGGGUCUGGUUUUGUUGACAAUGUCUAAUAUGAUUCCGGGCUUAAAACCAUGUUCAAGCCAUGGGAUUUGUGAAGAACCAAGAAAAAUCCACGAAGUAGUGUUCUUCGUUGCAAUAUAUUUGAUCUCUAUUGGAACAGGAGGACAUAAACCCGCCUUGGAGAGUUUUGGAGCGGAUCAGUUUGACGAAGAUCAUGAAACCGAACGAAAAAUGAAGAUGUCGUUUUUUAACUUGUGGAAUGCAGGGCUUUGUGCUGGAUUGUUGCUCAGUGUUACUGUUAUUGUCUAUGUGCAAGAUAAUUUAGGUUGGGGUGCCGCGGAUAUCAUUCUCACCACUGUAUUGGCUUGUAGUAUGGCGAUCUUUUGUGUUGGUAUGAGGUUUUAUCGAUAUAGAAAUGCCACAGGAAGUCCACUUACGCCAAUGGUUCAAGUAUGUGUUGCAGCAUAUGCUAAAAGGAGGCUCCCCCACCCUUCGGAUGCUACUUUUUUAUAUGAACUUCCAAAGUCAGAAAAGUCUCAACAAAGGCUCCUCUGUCAUACCAGAAGCCUUAAGUUUCUUGACAAGGCGGCUAUUCUUGAAGACGAAGAGCAUUUUAACAACAACCAACAUGAUCCAUGGAAACUAUCAACGGUGACAAAAGUGGAAGAAUUGAAGCUACUUAUUAACAUAAUCCCAAUUUGGCUAACUUCUCUACCGUUCGGCAUAUGUGUAGCACAAACAUCCACAUUUUUCAUCAAACAAGCAUCCUUACUCAACCGUGAGAUCACACAUAAUUUUGUUAUCCCACCAGUCUCCAUAUACGCUCUAUCUGCUUGUGGAAUGAUCCUUUCGGUGUUGGUUUAUGAUAGAGUUCUUGUCCCUUUAUCAAGAAGGUUAACAGGUACAGAAAGAGGAAUAGACAUUCUCCAGAGGAUCGGAAUUGGAAUGGUAUUUUCAAUCAUGACAAUGAGCAUAUCUGCAUUGGUUGAAAAAAAAAGAUUAAAUGGCGUACUAAGUGGUUCUGUAUCAAUGAGCGUAUUCUGGUUAGCCCCACAGUUUAUAAUCAUAGGAAUCGCAGAUGGGUUUACCUUAGUUGGUCUGCAAGAAUAUUUCUAUGAUCAGGUUCCAGACUCGAUGAGGAGCUUAGGAAUUGCAUUGUACUUAAGUGUAAUUGGAGCUGCAAAUUUCUUGAGUAGUUUCUUGAUCACAAUUGUGGAUCAUGUGACCGACAAAGCUUUUGGCAAGAGUUGGUUUGGAAAAGACUUGAAUCAUAGCCGUUUGGACUUGUUUUAUUUGGUCUUGGCGGUCAUAACAGGCGUAAAUUUGUUGGUGUACAUAUGUGUAGCAAGAAGAUACUCCUAUAAAGCUGUGCAGACAAGGUCUAAUGUGGUUUUGGCUGAUUUCUACGAUGGCAACGCUCAUUAUCAUCACAAAACUGAGAAGCUAUAGUACUGUACUGGGAUUUUAGGAUAUAUCUGUAAUUUGAAGUAUUUGUAUUAAGUCGCUAAAUGAAUGGACAGCAUACAUAUCAUUCUGUUAAAAACUCUAAUUGCAGCAAUUGCAAUUAUGUACUAAUGUAUUAUCCAUUUAGUAGUA